AUGGACAGCUCUCCCUUCAUUUUCUAUCUAUCUAUCUAUCUAUCUAUCUAUCUAUCUAUCUAUCUAUCUAUCUAUCUAUCUAAUUUCCUUCAUUAUCUAUCUAUUUAUCUAUCUAUCCAAUUCCCUUCAUUAUCUAUCUAUUUAUCUAUCUAUCCAAUUCCAUUCAUUAUCUAUGUAUCUAUCUAUCUAUCCAAUUCCAUUCAUUAUCUAUGUAUCUAUCUAUCUAUCCAAUUCCAUUCAUUAUCUAUGUAUCUAUCUAUCUAUCCAAUUCCAUUCAUUAUCUAUCUAUCUAUCUAUCUAUCUAUCUAUCUAUCUAUCUAUCUAUCUAAUUCCCUUCAUUAUCUAUCUAUCUAUCUAUUUAAUUCCUUCAUUAUAUCUAUCUAUCUAUUCAUCUAUCUAUCUAUCUAUCUAUCUAUCCAAUUAUCAUUCAUUAUUCAUUCUAUCUAUUCUAUCUAUCUAUCCAAUUCCCUUCAUUAUUAUCUAUCUAUCUAUCUAUCUAUCUAUCUAUCUAUCUAUCUAUCCAAUUCCCUUCAUUAUCUAUCUAUCUAUCUAUCUAUCUAUCUAUCUAUCUAUCUAUCUAUCCAAUUCCCUUCAUUAUCUAUCUAUCUAUCUAAUUACAUUCAUUAUCUAUCUAUCUAUCUAAUUACAUUCAUUAUCUAUCUAUCUAUCUAUUCAUCUAUCUAUCUAUCUAUCUAUCAAUCUAUCUAA